UGGUUAUUGUUUAACUGAUAUCAAGGAUCUUAUAACUUCACACAUUUUCGGAAUGAAAGUUAUGGGUGCUCUCCAGUUUAAAGAGGUCUUAACAACUCAUGGAUUGUAGUUUUGCAGUUGAAGAUCACGCAAUAUAAACGUGGGAAAUGACUAGAGAUAAAAUUGAUAUUCAUCAACAUGGUGUGCCAGUUGAUCAGAAGAAGUCAAAAGUUAAGUGCAACUAUUGUGGUAAAGUUGUUUCUGGUUUUAGUCGGCUUAAACAACACUUAGGAGGCAUUCGUGGAGAUGUAACUCCUUGCUUGGAGACUCCUAUACUUGUGAAAGAAGCACUUGAAGCUGAGAUACUUAAUAAGAAAAAUGGAAAUUUAAUCAAGGAAGUUGGGCAACUUCAGCACCCAAACCUUCCUUUGAAGAGGAAUUGGUGCCCUCGAGAUGGUGAACCAAAUAAGACUUCUGAAAGUGUAAAUAAAAAACAUAAUGGUGUGAAUUCAAAAGUAGCUGGUACUUCUGUUGUAGAUUCAUCCUCACAAGAGAUUUCAAAAUCUAUAGGGAGAUUUUUUUAUGAAGCAGGAAUCGACUUUGAUGCUAUCAGGCUACCUAGCUUCCAAAGGAUGGUAAAAGCCACCCUUAGUCCUGGGAAGACGGUAAAAUUCCCCAGUUGUCAGGAGUUGAGAGGAUGGAUCCUUCAGGAUGCAGUGAAAGAGAUGCAACAGUAUGUAACGGAAAUUAGAAAUUCAUGGGCAAGCACCGGAUGCAGCAUCUUGCUAGAUGGAUGGAUAGAUUCAAACGGUCGAAAUCUGAUUAAUAUCCUAGUGUACUGCCCAAGGGGUACCAUUUAUCUUCGAUCAUCAGAUAUUUCAUCUUUCAAUGGGAAUGUUGAUGCCAUGCUAUUAUUCUUUGAGGAAGUUCUGGAGGAAGUUGGAGUUGAAACUGUGGUCCAAAUAGUUGCAUACUCAACGUCUGCCUGCAUGAUGGAAGUAGGCAAGAAGCUAAUGGAAAAAUGUAAGACAGUUUUUUGGACAGUAGAUGCUUCUCAUUGCAUGGAACUUAUGUUACAGAAUUUCACGAAGAUAGACCCGAUACAAGAAGCUUUGGAGAAGGCAAAGACACUCACACAAUUUAUUUACAGCCAUGCUACUGCCCUGAAACUUCUAAGAGAUGCUUGUCCAGAUGAGCUUGUGAAGUCUUCAAAGAUUAGGUCAAUUGUGCCCUUUUUGACUCUGGAAAACAUUGUCUCACAGAAAGACUGCUUAAUUAGGAUGUUUCAGUCUUCUGAUUGGCGUACCUCAAUCACGGCUUCUACGAAUGAGGGUAAACGAAUAUCAAAUAUGGUUAAAGAUGAAUCAUUUUGGAGUGAGGCUUUGAUGGCAGUAAAAGCAACCAUUCCCCUGGUGGAAGUUAUGAAGUUACUCGAUGGUACUAAUAAGCCACAAGUUGGUUUUAUAUAUGACACAUUAGAUCAAGCUAAAGAGACCAUCAAAAAGGAGUUCCAAGACAAGAAAUCCCUUUAUGCAAAAUUCUGGACAGCCAUUGAUGACAUAUGGGACGAAUACCUCCACAGUCAUCUUCAUGCUGCGGGUUACUUUUUGAACCCAACCCUUUUUUACUCGAGCGAUUUCUACACUGAUGUGGAAGUUUCCUGUGGUCUUUGUUGUUGUGUUGUUCGCAUGGCCGAAGAUCGUCAUAUACAGGAUUUAAUCACACUGCAAAUUGAUGAGUAUCGCAUGGGGAGGGGCACGUUUCAUUUUGGAAGUUUCAAAGAUAAACUAUCAAAUAUUUCCCCAGCACUUUGGUGGUCACAAUAUGGAGUUCAGUUUCCCGAACUUCAAAGGCUUGCUGUUCGAACCCUUAGUCAGACAUGCAAUGGUGCUUCACAUUAUAGGCUGAAAAGGAGCUUGGUCGAGACAUUACAUACAGAAGGUAUGAAUCCGAUAGAGAAGCAGAGGCUGCAGGACUUGGUAUUUGUCCAUUGUAAUUUGCAAUUACAAGCUUUUGAUCCAGAUGGAAGCAAUGACAAUACAGAUUAUGUUGUUGACCCCAUGGAUGAGUGGAUAGUCGGAAAAGAGCCAAAUUUGGUGCCUGAAAACACUCAACUUACAUGGAUGGACUUGGAACUGGCAAGCAGAAACGGAAAGGAAAAAGCUUGUGUUGAAAGAGCUGUUAUUUAUGUAAAGGAGGAAGCGGAGGAGGAAGAGGAAGAGGAAGAGGAAGGAGGAAGAUAAAUGUAUAUAUAGAGUAGCAAAUGUGUAUUGGUAAUGAGUCUUUCUCAAGUAGUGACAUGAACAAAGUAAUUUGUGAACAAGACAUCAAGCCUAAAGUUCUUAUUCUCUGCUCUCUUUUUUGUAUUUGAGAUUUCUGCUCAAAUGAAAAUUCAAAGGAAAUAUUAGCUU